UUUUAAAAAACAAAGUAUCCAUGCCACUAUGAGCACAUCUAAUAGAAUGAACAAUAAUUUAAUAUAAUCUAUUACCCAUUCAAUGUUCAAAUUUCUCUGGUUGUCCCAACAACAACUUUAUAGUUGGUUUGCUUAAAUCGGGAUUCAAACAACGUCCACAUACGUCAUUUGAUUGAUAUUAAGGCUAAGACAUACCACAGUUGUAACAACAAAGAAAAAUGUUGCAGCCUUAAGAUGUGAAAUGUAUACAGCGGAUUUUAUUAAAAAGCAGAUUGAGGAAUUCAACAUAGGAAAGAGACAUUUAGCCAACAUGAUGGGAGAAGAUCCAGAAACUUUUACCCAAGAGGAUAUUGAUAGAGCUAUUGCUUACCUUUUUCCCAGUGGUUUGUUUGAGAAGCGAGCCAGGCCAAUAAUGAAGCAUCCUGAACAGAUUUUUCCAAAACAAAGAGCGACCCAGUGGGGAGAAGAUGGCCGUCCAUUUCAUUUUCUCUUUUAUACUGGCAAACAAUCGUAUUACUCAUUAAUGCAUGACACGUAUGGGAAGCUACUCGAUGUAGAAAAACAUCAGAAUCAGUUGCGGGCCAAAGGUCUAUUUUCAGAAAAAGCUAAAACCAAAGACCUGAUUGGCAGCAGAUGGCUGAUUAAGGAGGAACUAGAAGAAAUGUUAGUGGAAAAACUGUCAGAUCAAGAUUAUGCGCAGUUCAUUCGGCUGCUAGAAAGGUUAUGGGCAUUGCAGUGUGGUGACACUGAAGAAGAAUUUGUACGGAGCUUCCGUAGGAGUGUAACUAUUCAAUCAAAAAAACAUCUGAUUGAACCUUUGCAGUAUGAUGAGCAAGGAAUGGCCUUCAGCACAAGUGAAGGUAAAAGAAAGAGUGCAAAAGCAGAAGCAGUUGUUUAUGAACAUGGAAGUGGGAGAAUAAAAGUUAAUGGAACCGAUUACCUACAUUACUUCCCCGUGACACAGGACAGGAGCAACUCAGGAGAUUACGAGUUCAGCAGCGAGGUGACAUUAACCAGUAGGAAGAACGCUGAACCACGAAUCAGAGAACAAUUGAUGUUCCCUUUUCACUUUCUCGACCGACUUGGAAAACACGACGCGACCUGUACAGUCUCGGGUGGUGGGAGGUCGGCGCAGGCUGGAGCCAUACGCUUAGCGUUGGCCAGAGCUUUGUGCAGUUUUGUCACCGAGGAGGAGGUCGAGUGGAUGAGACAAGCUGGACUGCUUACAACCGAUCCACGCGUGAGAGAACGGAAGAAGCCCGGCCAAGAGGGAGCCCGCAGGAAGUUCACCUGGAAGAAACGCUGAGUGUUUCUUCGUGGGAAAGGAGAGAAAAUGCUGUGCACAUGUGUCUCCAUGUGGUGGACAGGCAUUAAAUAUUUGCUGGCCACUGUGGGCAACACUGUCAGACAUUUGAGUUGUGGGAAGAUUUAUUUUUAAAUGCUACCUUUAAAGGUUACCUUUUAAAAAUAAUUUUAAAAGUUGUUUGGCUUCAAUCUGCUAAUUUUUAAAAUUUUUUUCAAAAGAUAGUUUUAGACAUGUAAUUCACAGAAUCUUGGCAUAUUAGACCUGAAGGGAACAUUGAGCAAAAAAACCCAGUCACGUUAACCUCAUUUUGCAGGCGAGGAGGCCCAGCCCCAAAGAUUAAGUAACCUGCACAGCCACACUGCUAAUUUAAUGCUAGAACUAGACUUGAACUCAUUUCUCCCAGUUCUGUUGUUUUCCACGCGACAAUUGUUACAGCAUAGCUUUCAAUGUGGAGACUCGAGAGGGCUUGUCCUGGAGAAUGAAAUUAGUGGAGUGUCUUUGUCAGGAGCUCAGCAGAGCCAAUUCCCCCGCCCCUCAGCCCCUGGCAACCACUAUUCUCUUCUGUUUCUGAGUCUGACUUUUUUUUUUUUUUUUACAUUCUGCAUAGAAGUGAUGCCGUGCAGUAUUUGUCGUUCUCUGUCUGGCUUACAUCACAUAGUAUAACACCCUCCAAGUUAGGUACAAACUUUCAGUUACAAGGUGAGUUAGUUCCAAGGAUUUAACCUACAGCAUGGUAUCUGUGGUCGAUAACUCUGUUGUGUCACUGAAGUUUGCUAAGAGGGUAGAUCUUAAGUUCUCACCAGAAAAAGAAGAUAUGAAGUGAUGUGUUAACUCGAUGGUGGGACUCCUUUCACAUCGUAUAUGUAUGUCAAAUCCUCAUGUUGUACACAUUAAACGUACUAUAAUUUUGUCACUUGUACUCAGUAAAGCUGAAAAAAAAAAGAUAAACCAAAUGAGAAUAGUA